AUGCGAUUAAAACGACGAGGAGAAAAGAUUUUACUGUAUUUGGAUGGAAAAUGGCAGCAGAACAGUGGAACUACAGACUACCUACCCUCGUCGAUUCCUCUAAAAAUUGAUGAAAUAUCUGGUGGCGUUGGGUUCCAAAGUGAAAACGGAAGUUUGACAGAACCAUUUCGCGGUUCAGUAUCGAGAAUGAUGUUUAAUGGCAUUGAUCUCCUCGAGCGAUUGAAACGAGAAGGAAAAAUGAGCAAAGAGGGUAAAGGACAACGAAAUAUCAGGCCUAAGCAUUCAUCUGUAUCUUUCACGAACACAAGUGGAUAUGCAGUUUUGUCGCCAAGAAUAGCCUCAUCACUUACGGGUUCAUUACGUGUGUCUUUCAAAUUUCAAACUCUCAUUCGAAAUGCCUUAUUACUUGCCUCAUAUUCUGCCGAGAAAAACACCUCGUUAUUGAUUGAAUUAGUACAAGCUAGGAUACGAAUUACUUACAAAGCAAGAGCUGGAGAAAUGGUGGUCAAGUCUCCUUUACUGCCAAAUCACCAACAUCUAAGUGAUAUGCGAUGGCAUACGUUACUUUUCUAUCAGGAAGAACGUAGUUCACUCUACAUGUUACUCGUCGACAAUACCACAGUAGUGACUGAAAGCGAACUAGCGCCAGAACUCAACGGUGUCGUCACCAUAGGUACAGUAUACUUACAGUAUCCCUCUGCACUUACCGUAGGAGGUGCUCCACCAUCAGCACCACUUGUUCGAGGUGGUUUUCGCGGUUGUUUGGCUGGUAUGCGACUCAAUGAUCAAGCCAUCGAUGUUUAUGAUGAUUCUGAGGAUAAAAAGGAUGUUGUGCGGGGAUGCUCAGGGCCGCUUGCUCGAUGUUCGCCCGGGGCAUGUUCGAAUCGGGGGCGAUGUAUACAGCAGUGGAAUUCUAUCCGGUGUGAUUGUACGUUAACCGCUCAUGCUGGAGAUAGGUGUCAGGACGCCGCAACCACAGCCUCUUUCGCUGCCCCAUCCUCGAUUUUCUUCGAAUACCCUAUGGGUGAACGGCCGUCAACAUCUCGAGAUUAUAUGCUUUUUGCAUUUCGUACCUCACGACCUUCUGGAGUACUAUUAUCGAUCGAUUGUGCAGUAGAUCAAGACUACUUCACUGUCUAUUUGGUAAGUUACGAUAUGCCGAGACGCAAAUUUACAGAAAAAUAUUUGUUUACAUUGCAGGAAGAGGGUUUUUUACAAAUAAAGUACAAUCUUGGCAGUCGGGAACAUCAUUUUGGGCAUUUUGCUCAUAAAGUGAAUGAUAACAAAAAGCAUACUGUUAGAAUCCACCGAAUUGAGACAAAUGUAACAUUGCAAAUCGAUGGUCGACCACCGAUUCGAUAUAGACCGAAAGGAGCCGACGAUCUGGUAACCCUAAAUAUGCAAUGGAGA